AUGAUGAGAGGCUGGAGCUUUAAGAACACUCAAUCAAAUUUGAAUUGCUUCUGGAGUGUUAUCUAUUGCUUUUCAAGCAUUGCAAUGCAGAAUACAAAAAGCAGAAGCUAUCACAAUAUAUGAGAUUUUCUACUCCUCAAUCCAAAAGAAGUAACAAUCCUAACUCCCCCCCCUCCGUGUGAGUGAACAAAACCAUUAGAAAAAUCGCUAUUUUUUUGCCCAAAAACCCAUCCUUCGUGAGUGAACAAAAAUAUUUUUAAUAGAAAAAUUUUUUAUGGAAAAAAAUUUUGAUAUAUAAAUGAUAAUUAGUAUAAUGAAAUCUAGAGCUAAUUCUGUUUAAUUUUGAACGAAUUGCUUUUUAAAACAUAAAUUUUAUAAAUUAAAUUAAUUUUUUGCUUUCCAAUUUUUGCGAAUUAGGAUUUUUUUAAAUUUCGAAAAAAAAUAUUUUUUAUAAAAUUUAUAUAUAAAUUUUUUAAAAAAAAAAAAAAAAUUAACCCCCCUCCGUGAGUGAACAAAAUUUUUUUGUUCACUCACGGAGGGGGGGGGAGUAAGUAGCUCAAAUAUAGAUAUAAUUCUCUGGCUUACAGUCUAA